UGUUUUCCUUUUCCUCUAGGUAAAAUCCUCUCUCUCUCUCAUUUGGUUUCCCAUUUCUUUUCCUUUGAAAACAGAAUCCACAAGUUUCCAUUUCAAAAUUCACCACACCCUUCAAUUUUAAUGGCUUAUUAUGCACCGCACCAAUUCCCUUCUUAUCCUUCUUCUCUCCCAAUUCCGUUCCUUUCAAUUCCCUCCACCUCAUACUUUUCCGCCUCUCUCCUUCUCAGAUUCCGAUUCAACCUCAUAGCACUUUCCGACGCCUAGUACCAAACACAACAACGAAGGAACCGUUGCCGUUAUGGGAAAGCGUAAUUCUCAACGUAAAAAAGCUGCAAUGUUGGAUAGUGACGAUGAUAGUAGUGUGAGUUCGUCAUCAACUUCCCGAACUGAUCACAUGUCGGUGUCAGGGACCGAAGAAGUGCAUUUUGAUCAAGAUACUCUGCUCGACCAAGCUCUCGAUGCUUUAGAUGAGAAGAGGGGUGCUACGAGGGAGAAAGCUUUGUCAACCAUCAUCGAGGCAUUCAAUAGCAAUGUGCAGCAUCAGUUUGUGGAGAAAAAAUUUGCUACCUUAUUACAUCAGUGUCUUGCCUCAAUAAAAAAAGGAUCCAAAAAGGCAUCUACAACUGAGAUAGCUUUGGCAUCUCAUACCAUUGGUAUGUUGGCCCUUACUGUAGGAUGUGGUGAUAAUGCACGGGAAAUAUUUGAGGAAUCAAUUCGUCCUCUAGAUGAAUAUCUCAUAUCUAAAUUAGAUUUGACAAAUAUUCCAUCGUUGCUGAAAUGCUUGGCUAUUAUCACUUUUGUUGGUGGGAAUGAUCAAGAGGAAACAGAGAGAUCGAUGGACAUAAUGUGGCGAGUGAUUCAUCCCAAAUUAGGUUCCAAUGUAGUUGCAGUCAAACCUUCUGCUGCAUUAAUAACUGCUGUAGUAUCAGCUUGGUCCUUUCUCCUCUCUACCAUGAGUGAGCUGAAGCUAAAUUCUAAAAAUUGGCAAAAUUCAAUAUCUUAUUUAUCUAGUCUUCUAGACAAGGAAGAUCGGCCUGUGCGUAUUGCUGCUGGCGAAGCACUGGCUCUAAUUUUUGAGAUUGGAAUUAUAGAGAAAUUUUCUGCUGAUUCUAAGAGUGCAAGUGAUAUGACUCAAGAAGAGAGUAAACUGCAAGAAAGUUACAUCCGUAUACAAGGACUGAAAGGCAAGGUCAUAAAUCAAGUCAAAAACCUUUCUGUUGAGGCUGGUGGAAAAGGUUCUGAUAAGAAAGAUCUUAAUAGUCAGAGGAACUUGUUCCGAGAUAUUGGGGAGUUUUUUGAGUAUCAUUGCGCUCCUGAAAUUUCAAUGAAGAUUGGUGGUGAUUCACUUCAAACAUCUUCAUGGUCCCAAAUGAUGCAGUUGAACUUUCUCAAGCAUUUUUUAGGGAAAGGGUUCAUCAAGCAUAUGCAGGAAAAUGAAUUCCUUCAUGAUGUCUUUGAUUUCACACCAAGGAGAUAUCUUAAUAACAAUGAACAGCGAAUGUCUAGUGGUGAGAAGAGAAUGUUUAAGUCUCCGAAUUCCCUUCAGAACAAGGCUAGGACCCAAUUACUUAAUAAGCAACGGUUGUUAUCUGAGGGCAGAAAUCUCGGUCACUACGCAGCCAAUAUGGUUGAUGACGAGGCGAUUUGAGUGGAACCUCUUAAUUAAAUUUUCGGGAUUUUCAUUUGGGGAUUCUAUCUUUAAUUUUAUACUUGAUUAUAUUUUCUCUGUCCAGCUCUUCUGACUUACUGGCUAGGAAUAUUUUUUCUGUAAACUAUACCGGCAUAUUCUUAAUGAGACAUGCAGAUUACGGCUUGUAUAU